ACUACUGGAUCACACAGCUCACAAAAGCGUUGACACUAUUACUCAGGUGAAAAUAACAAAAAUGAAUGAAAAUGUAAUGUAUAACUAUUAUGUUUACCACAGCCUCAUAUUUGAAUGUUUUCCCAUUGUUAAAAUAAACUUAAAAUGAUUACCCAGAAAAAACAAAACACUGGGAUUCUGUCAAUUUGUAGGGGAUUACAAUCUCAAAGAUAACAGUUUAAAAACCAUUCAGGAAGUUACAAAGCUAUUUUGAAUGUUUUGAAAUGGGUUCUCUGUUGAAACAAGCGAGUCACAUUUAAAAACUGUCCAAUUUUUCUGCAUUCAAAUAAUAUUUCUUGAAGUACCACAAAGAAUGAAGUUGAAAAUAUACUUUUUACACACAUGAUUUUCAGACUUUUUUGUUUGUUUGUUCAUAUCUGUUCAGUUUCAUUUAAUAUAAAAUUUAGUGUUAAGCCCUCUUCCUCAUUGCAAACUCCUCCUACACAUGUUAGCCUGAUAGACGCACAGACACCCUUUGAGGUGGUUUAUUGAGGAACUGAAAAAGUAAGACCUUCACAAACAUGCAAGUUUGCAAAGCAGAGAUUCAAAGACAGAUAAGACAUCAGAAACCUUUCGCAACUGGGCCGUGAAAACCUCUCUUUGAUGGACACCAUUCACAUGGACUGAGAACUUCCAAAACGCAAUGGAGAACAACGCUACCCUGAUGUUCCCCAACACAUCAAAAAUUCUCAGGCAAGACAAAAAAUGCCAGAUUGACAACACCAACCUGCAGGUGCCACUGGCUAUUUUCUACGCUUUCUUCUUUUUGUUUGGAUUCGUCGGGAACCUGUUGGCUCUCUGGGUGUUUUUGAGAGUGCAUUCUAAAAAGAAUUCCAUUCGCAUUUUCCUCAUUAACUUAGCUCUGGCCGACCUACUUCUUCUCAUCUGCCUGCCUUUCCGGGUGGCGUAUCAUUCCAACAACGACCGUUGGUUGCUACCGCAGGUCCUAUGCAGGAUAGUGGGCAACGUCUUUUAUACCAACAUGUACAUCAGUAUAACUUUACUAGGUCUCAUAAGUGUCGACCGUUACUUGAAGUUUCAAAUGGCGUCCUGCAGACGUAUGUUCGUGCAGAGCAGGUGGAGUGUGCUUCUCUGUUGCACCAUUUGGACUUUGGCUUUUGCUGCAUUGGUGUCACUCAUCGUCCAGGCUGAAAACAGCGAGUCCCAAAAGUGCUUCCAAUACAAAAAACUAAACAAUUCCAAAUGGAUAGCUUACUUCAAUAUUGUCAUCGUGGCUCUUUUUUGGGUGGUCUACGCAAGCUUGGUCAUAUCCUACGGAAAGAUUGGAAUGAAGCUCUUUACAACUUCCAGAGAGAAACCGGAUUUCCCCAAUGCGACCAUAUACAACAAAACAGCAUGGAAGUCGUUUUUUGUGCUCUUUUUGUUCACACUGUGUUUUGUGCCUUAUCAUUCUGUGAGGAUUUUUUAUAUUACUUCACAGAUGACACCUGACACAUCUUGUGACUGGGUAAAGUUGAUGGAUAAAACGAAUGAGAUAGUUUUGCUACUAUCAGCUCUCAAUAGCUGUUUGGACCCGGUGAUGUACUUCCUGCUGUGUGGAUCUAUUCGGAAAGUGAUGCUGAAGAUCGUCUGUCGUGGUUGUUUUCUGCAAAACACUGGAUUUUUCACUACUAGUAACGCUCCACAAGAACAGGCGAAUGCAGCUGUGCCUAUGACAGCAGCUCAGGAGGACUGACAAGAAAAAACAUGUAAUUACUGAUACUGGUCUAAAAACAUACAAACUUGUUACAGACUAGAGUUACAGCGAUCAUGUGUCUAAAGUUACUCGUACAGUUCAUUAAUUACUUUACCAUUUCUGUGUACUUGUAUUAUCUGUCAGAAACACUACUUUGUAACUAAAAUAUUUUUGAACAUUCAGACGUUUUUGUAAUUGUACCAUUUUUGCAUAUAAUAAUAAACAUGUUUAGGAUUUGUAUAAUAUGAAAAGUACUAUACUUAUGAAAUACUUUCAACAGGCCAUUCUGCGCAAUAACAUGUAGAUAAACUGUAUAGUUGCUGGGUUCUAGGAAGCUGCAACCACUGUGUAUAAUGCAAAAUGGGGAAACCUGUGCACCUGUUUGUGGUUAUCAUGUAAAAUUAAAAACAU